UGCCCUACAUUGCGGGCAGCAGCCUCCCACGCCGCGCUCGGAGGUGUACCUGUCUGGUGCACCUAGAGCUUCUCUGGUCUUAAUAUUUGCUAACUGCUGGUUUCUAGAUGUGGCACAUUGUUACUGUUUUAAACAUACUUUCGCAGCACUUGUGAAAACCCGCGCACAGUGAUUGAUUUAUCAAAUCGGUGCGGAUCGUGGGUUAAUGACCUUCGGAUGUGGCCGAUUUAAUUGUAAUAAUAGCUGAUAUUACAGGCGAUGGAGGGCUGUGAUCGCACUUGCCUGCUGGUCCUGGAAUAAUGACUUUUAUUCCCUUCCUCAUUAGGACGAUGGCUUCUAUCUCCGAGCGCACCUUCAUCGCCAUCAAGCCUGACGGAGUCCAGCGGGGACUGGUGGGAGAAAUCAUCAAGCGGUUUGAACAGAAAGGAUUCAAACUGGUGGCCAUGAAAUUAGUACAUGCCUCUGAAGACCUUCUGAGAGAACACUACAUUGACCUAAAAGACCGGCCGUUCUAUGAUGGUCUGGUGCAGUAUAUGCACUCUGGACCUGUUGUAGCUAUGGUGUGGGAAGGUCUUAACGUGGUUAAGACUGGAAGAGUGAUGCUGGGGGAAACUAAUCCAUUCGAUUCAAAGCCUGGCACUAUUCGUGGUGACCUGUGCGUGCAAGUUGGAAGGAACAUCAUUCAUGGAAGUGAUUCCAUAGAAAGUGCUGAGACAGAGAUCAGUUUGUGGUUCACUCCUGAAGAACUCGUUGAUUACAGAAGCUGUGCUCACGAAUGGAUCUAUGAGUAAAACUGAGGCUAUACCUUCCGAUAUCCUUCCUGUCUGCAAACAGCUGUUAGCCUCUAGCUAUUUCCAAGCCCUUCAUAUAAACUGGUAGAAACCUGU